AUGUUUGUUAAAAAAGCAGAUGGUUCCCUUAGGCUGGUUGUGGAUUACCAAAAGCUCAACAAGGUAACCCACAAAAAUGUCUACCCACUUCCAAGACAAGACAACCUCAUGGCAAAACUACAACACGCCAAGAUAUUCACCAAGCUUGACCUACGCUGGGGUUAUAAUAAUGUGCAAAUCAAAGAGGGAGACAAAUGGAAAACGGCUUUCCGCACCAAAUAUGGUCUAUUCAAAUACUUAGUCAUGCCCUUUGGUCUUACCAAUGCUCCCACCGCAUUUCAGCACUUUAUGAAUGACCUAUUUAGGGAUCUGAUUGACGUAACGGUGGUAAUUUACUUAGACAACAUCCUCAUCUUCUCAGAAAAACCAGAAGAUCAUCCGGCCCACUUGUUCUACAAAUUGUCAAAGUGUCAUUUCCAUGUUACCACAGUAGACUACUUGGGCAUUGUCAUAUCUCCUGCUGGCUUCUCCAUGGAUCAGAAAAAGAUUGAGGCAGUCACAUCAUGGCCUACUCCCAGAACGGUCAAACAGGUCCAGGCCUUUCUAGGAUUUGUAAACUACCUUUGUUGGUUCAUUCCAAACUUUAGCUCAGUUGCAUGUCCCUUGCACAACCUCACCAGAAAGGAAACUCCCUGGUUGUGGGGAACCUUAGAAGAAGCAUUGUUUCAGGAUUUAAAGUCCCUUGUAACCAAGUCUCCGGUAUUGAUCCAUUCUAACCCCAACCUGCCCUACUACCUUGAAAUGGACGCAUCAGGAGUAGCAAUGGGAGCCAUACUCAGUCAACAAGGCCCAGACAAUUGCCUACACCCCAUUGCCUAUAUGUCUAAAUUGUUUUCAGGAGCAGAAGCAAACUAUGACACCCACAACAAGGAGCUUCUGGCUAUCAUUAAGGCGUUAGAAGAGUGGCGGAUAUUCUUGGAAGCUACGGACAAACCAGUACAGGUUUUCACAGACCAUUGUAACCUAGAAUACUGGAUGCAGGCACAGACGUUCAAUUGCAGACAUGCGCAAUGGCAACUUUUCCUGAGCAACUUCAACUUUGAGAUCCAUUAUUGCCCAGGGAAACAGUUGGGAAAACCAGAUGCCCUCUCCAGGAGAUUGGACUAUGUGGAUUCUCCCCCAGAACCAGAGGUCAUGUUACAACCAGAAGUCUUUGUGUUAUAA